AUGGUCUCUACAAGAUUAAGCACAAGGCUUGGUCUUGUGUUGUUCCUACUCAAUUUUCUUAGAACAGGAGGGUUUUUGGUGGACAUUACUUAUCUACACAGUGCAGUAGCUAAAGGAGCCGUUUGUUUGGAUGGUAGUCCACCUGCUUAUCACUUCCAUAAGGGAUUUGGCACAGGGAUUGAUAGUUGGUUAGUAUACCAUGAGGGUGGGGCAUGGUGUAACAAUGUGACAACUUGUCUCUCUCGGAAGAAUACAGAAUUGGGAUCAUCGAAGUAUAUGGCCAAGCAAUUUAAUUUCACUGGAAUCUUGAGCAACCAACAAGAGCUUAAUCCAUACUUUUACAACUGGAACAUAAUCAGGAUUAGGUAUUGUGAUGGGGCAUCAUUCACAGGCGAUGUGAAAGCCAUAGAUCCUGCUACUAAUCUUCACUUCAGAGGAGCAAGGAUUUGGCAUGCUGUAAUGGAGGACCUAUUAGCAAAAGGAUUGAAAAAUGCUGAAAAUGCUAUACUGACCGGUUGUUCAGCUGGAUCAUUGGCCUCAAUUCUUCAUUGUGAUACAUUCCAAGCUCUCCUACCUAAGACUACAAGAGUAAAAUGCAUUUCGGAUGCUGGUUUCUUUAUCAAUGCAAAAGAUAUUCGUGGGGUACCAACAAUUGAAACAUUCUUUAGUCAAAUAGUUGAAACACAUGGCUCAGCCAAGAAUUUGCCUAAAUCCUGCACGUCAAAAAGGAGACCGGAAUUGUGUUUUUUUCCACAAUAUGUGAUUCAAGAUGUUCGAACGCCCAUUUUUAUCAUCAAUGCAGCCUAUGAUUUAUGGCAGGUGUCAAAUAUUCUUGUUCCAGAAAUUGCUGAUCCUCAUGGCUUUUGGAAAAUAUGCAAGGCUAACAUAGGAAAUUGCUCGAGUGCCCAAAUCAAGACCAUGCAGCACUUCAGGUUGAAAUUUUUGCAUGCAUUGAGAGGAUUGGGGAAGAAUUCUGAAGCUAAUGGAAUGUUUAUAGACUCAUGCUAUGUACACUGCCAAACCGAACGGCAAGAAAUAUGGUUCAGAAAUGAUUCUACUCUUGUGUGGAGCAAGAAAUUGGCAAAUGAAAUUAGAGACUGGUUUUAUUAUGAUGAAGAUCGUCCAUUGCAGAAAGCCGAUUGCCCUUAUCCUUGCAACCCCACUUGUUAUCACAAUGUGUUUAAUAUAACCACUGCUAUUCAAUGA